UCUGCCGCUGCCUCAUUUUAUGGAGGAGCUCCACAUCUGCAGCGCUCUCUCACUCCCUCACUUCCAUGGUGGUGAUGAUGAUGAUGAUGAUGAUGAUGAUGGUGAUGAUGAUGGCGGCGGCUCCUGUUUGAGGAGGUCGUCGGUGCGACGGUCACUCACUCUCAGAGGAGGAGGAAGGACAGGAGGAGGAGGAGGAGCAGAGGUGCAGAGUUAGCGGCGGCGGCCGCGUCUGCAUGGAUGUGUGUGUGUGAGGCGACGCUCGGCUCGGCUCCACCAUGAUCGCCGUGUCGUUUAAAUGUCGCUGCCAGAUCCUGCGCAGGGUGAACAAAGAUGAAGGGCCGUACGGCAAACACUCCGUGGGGUCCAGACCUCCAGAUGGGGCGCUGGCCAUCAGGAGGCAGAGUAUACCAGUGGGCGUAGACGAGUUUCGGGGCUGUUCGGUGGUGGAGCUGAUGAAGAAGGAGGGGACGACGCUGGGGCUGACGGUGUCAGGCGGCAUCGACAAGGACGGGAAACCCCGGGUUUCGAACCUGCGGCAGGGAGGCAUCGCCGCCAGGAGCGACCAGCUGAACGUGGGCGACUACAUCCGCUCCGUCAACGGCAUCAACCUCGCCAAGUUCCGACACGACGAGAUCAUCAGUCUGCUGAAGAACGUCGGCGAGCGCGUCGUCCUGGAGGUGGAGUACGAGCUGCCCCCUGUCUCAGUGCAGGGGUCAGGGGUCAUGUUCAAGAACGUGGAAGUCACGCUUCACAAAGAGGGAAACAGCUUCGGCUUCGUCAUCAGAGGUGGUGUCCAUGAAGACAGGAACAAGUCUCGUCCCAUCGUCAUAACAACCAUCAGACAAAGUGGACCAGCUGACAGAGAAGGAACGGUCAAACCGGGAGAUCGGUUGCUAAGCAUCGACGGGAUUCGUCUCCACGGCAGCACGUUAUCAGAGGCCAUGAGCAUCCUGAAGCAGUGCGGACAGGAAGCUACGCUGCUGGUGGAGUACGACGUCUCCGUGAUGGACUCGGUUGCCACGGCGUCAGGGCCGCUGCUGGUUGAGGUCGCCAAGGCGACGGGCUCCAGUCUGGGCGUGGCUCUUUCCACUUCCAUGUUCUGCAGCAAGCAGGUCAUCAUCAUCGACAAGGUCAAACCAGCCAGUAUAGCAGACAGGUGUGGCGCUCUUCAUGCUGGAGAUCACAUUCUGUCCGUCGAUGGGAAGUCGAUGGAGUUUUGUUCUCUGGCUGAAGCCACUCAGCUUCUCUCUGCGUCCUGUCAGACCGUCCGCAUGGAGAUCCUGCCACAGCACCAGGCCCGACCGGCCCUGAACGCACCACAGCACGUCAAGGUACAGCGUAGUCCCCGCCCUCUCCCUUGGGAGACUGGAGGCUCCGCCCCCAUCCUCCCUCCCUACCACUACAACACGUACCACCCCGACCAAUCAGGUGCCAGAUCGCACAACCGCCAUACAAACAACCCUCCGCUCAGUCACUCGUUCUCUCCCGGCUCCAUGUCGGCCUAUAGUCUCUCGUCCCUCAACAUGAACACGCUGCCCAGGAACAUGUAUCCCACGAGUCCCCGGGGGACACUGAUGAGGAGGAAAAGCAAGAAGAAGGACUUUAAGAGCUCACUGUCUCUUGCGUCGAGCACCGUCGGACUCGCCGGUCAGGUCGUUCACACGGAGACCACAGAGGUGACGUUGCUAGGCGACGGCAUCAUGGGGUUCGGCCUGCAGCUGCAGGGCGGAGUGUUCGCCACAGAAACGCUGUCGUCGCCACCGCUUAUCGCAUACAUCGACCCCGACAGCCCUGCAGAGAGAUGUGGCAUCCUGCAGAUCGGGGACAGGAUUUUGUCCAUAAAUGGAGUUCCUACUGAAGACUCCACUCUGGAGGAAACCAAUCAGCUGCUCAGAGACUCGUCCAUCACUGCUCAGCUCACACUGGAGAUCGAGUUUGACGUGGCUGAGUCGGUCAUCCCGAGUUCCGGAACGUUCCACGUGAAACUCCCGAAGAAGCCGGGGGUGGAGCUGGGAAUCACCAUCAGCUCUCCGUCCAACAGGAAACCAGGUGACCCUCUGAUCAUCUCUGACAUCAAGAAAGGCAGCGUCGCACACAGGACGGGGACGCUGGAGCUUGGAGACAAGCUGCUCGCCAUCGACAACAUCCGUGUGGAGAACUGCUCGAUGGAGGAGGCGGUUCAGAUCCUGCAGCAGUGCGAGGAACUCGUCAAGCUGAAGAUCCGCAAAGACGAAGACAACUCAGACGAACAGGAAGUGUCUGGCUCCAUCAUCUACACGGUGGAGCUGCAGCGCUACGGUGGCCCGCUGGGAAUCACCAUCUCAGGCACCGAGGAGCCGUUUGACCCCAUCAUCAUCUCGUCCCUGAGCAAAGGUGGACUCGCAGAGAGGACCGGCGCGAUCCACGUCGGCGAUCGCAUCCUGGCGAUCAACAGCAGCAGCCUGAAAGGAAAACCUCUGAGCGAGGCCAUCAGUCUGCUCCAGCAGGCGGGCGAGACAGUCACGCUGAAGAUCAAGAAGCAGGGCGAGUUGUCGAGUCCGAAGUCCUGCGUGAUUGGUCCGGGUCUGGGUCAGGAGAACCAGGAUGGGGAGGAGGAGCCUAUAAUCACGAUCACGCCCCCAUCAGGCCAGAGAGCGUUCUGCACACUGCCGUCCGUUGACAGCGCCGUGGAGUCGUGGGACGGAUCCAACAUGGACAGCAGCUUCACCACGUCGGCUCCUCCGUUCCAGUCGUACAGUUUCCACGAAUGGCGCAACGCCAAGUCGACCAACAGCCAAUCGUCUUCGUCCACUCGCCAGCGAACCAAUCCGCUGUCAGAUCUGGGCCUGACUGACGAUGACUGGGACCGCCCACCACUCGGAGGAGCCUGUAACCUGCCCAGCGGUCUAAUCUCUGACAGCAGGUUCACUGUGGGGCAUGAUGGUGCGGAACCGGACCAGGAGGAGAACUUCUGGUCUCAGGCUCUGGAAGAUCUGGAGACCUGCGGCCAGAGCGGCAUCCUCAGAGAGCUGGAGGCAACCAUCAUGUCAGGCUCCACCCUCAGUCUGAACCAUGACCCCACCCCCACGCGCAGCACUCUGGGACGCCAAGCUAGUUUCCAGGAACGCAGCAACUCUCGGCCACAGGUGACGCCGAGAUCCAACACCUUACCCUCCGAUCCCCAGCGCCGAGCCUUCGCCAUGAGAAAAAUGAGGCAAGAAGUCAAUGAAAUCCUCAACCAGAACCCUGUGGAACUCCAUAAGUUGACUCUAGAGAAGGCCACAGAUUUGGAGGACUUUGGUUUUAGUGUUUCUGAUGGUUUGUUGGACCGCGGUGUCUACAUUAACAACAUCCGACCAGGUGGUCCUGCAGAGCGAGGUGGCCUCCGAGCCUUCGAUCGAAUACUGCAGAUAAACCACGUUCGUACCCGGGACUUCGACUGCUGCUUAGUCGUUCCUCUAAUUGCAGAGUCUCCAAAUCGCUUGGAUCUCGUCAUAAGCCGAAGCCCCACCUCCUCCCUGCUGGCCAAUCACAAUGAUGGCACCGCCAACAACAGCCACUCCCCUCAGUCAAUUGGCAAUGAGCUGGGACCGUCGGAGCUUCUGAUUGGCCAUGGAGAGGAUUGUGGUCCAAUCAAGUGGAGCCAACCUGGAGAUGGACUGGGGGUGGGGCUUGGGCUUGGGCUUGGGCAGAUGAAUAAUAGCUCCUCAUAGCAGGCAAACCUGGAUCUGGAUUAAACUGGUUGUUUCCAGACUGGAACAGGGAGGUCAGCGAGGAGACAAUGCAACCGAGAUGAAAUUAACUGGUUUAGAGCCGUCCACACUGGUUCAGAGUGUACCCCAAUGGUGCUAUACACACCGCCUGGAUGAAUUUUGACCUUUGACCACCAACAGUGAACCCUUGAACUGCUAAUGGAGGUUGGAAGCAUCCAAAUGUACUAAAAAAAAAA